AAUGAAGAAUAUAAAAAUUUGGAAGAAAAACACACCAUUUCUGUAUGAUUUGGUAAUGACUCAUGCAUUGGAAUGGCCUAGUUUAACUGCUCAAUGGUUACCUGAUGUUGUUAGACCUGAAGGGAAAGAUUUUUCUGUUCACCGGUUAAUUUUAGGAACACACACGUCGGAUGAACAGAAUCAUUUGUUAAUUGCUAGUGUUCAAUUACCAAGUGAAGAUGCACAAUUUGAUGCAUCACACUAUGAUAGUGAAAAGGGAGAGUUUGGAGGAUUUGGUUCAGUUAGUGGAAAAAUAGAAAUUGAGAUUAAAAUCAAUCAUGAAGGAGAAGUAAAUCGAGCUAGAUAUAUGCCACAAAACCCUUGUAUUAUUGCAACAAAAACACCAUCUAGUGAUGUUUUAGUGUUUGAUUAUACAAAACAUCCAUCUAAACCAGACUGUGUCGGGAAGUGUCAUGUUGAUGCACAGUUAAAACAGCAUUGUGAAGAAGGAUAUGGAUUGUCAUGGAAUCCUAACCUUAAUGGAAAUUUAUUAAGUGCAUCUGAUGAUCAUACAAUUUGUCUUUGGGAUAUAAAUGCUCUUCCUCGAGAAAACAAAAUCGUUGAUGCUAAAACAAUUUUUACUGGUCAUACAGCUGUAGUUGAGGAUGUUGCCUGGCAUCUACUUCAUGAAAGUCUGUUUGGUUCUGUAGCUGAUGAUCAAAAAUUAAUGAUUUGGGAUACACGUUCAAACAACACAAAUAAACCAAGCCAUACAGUAGAUGCUCAUGUUGCUGAAGUAAAUUGCCUUUCUUUUAAUCCAUACAGUGAAUUUAUUUUAGCCACUGGUUCUGCGGACAAAACAGUUGCACUUUGGGAUCUCAGAAAUUUAAAAUUGAAACUUCAUUCAUUUGAAUCUCAUAAAGAUGAAAUAUUUCAAGUACAAUGGUCGCCUCACAAUGAAACAAUUCUUGCUUCAAGUGGUACAGAUAGGAGGUUACAUGUGUGGGAUUUAAGUAAAAUUGGAGAAGAACAGUCUGCUGAAGAUGCUGAGGAUGGUCCUCCUGAACUCUUGUUUAUUCAUGGUGGUCACACUGCAAAGAUAUCUGAUUUUUCUUGGAAUCCAAAUGAACCUUGGGUGAUAUGUUCUGUAUCUGAAGAUAAUAUCAUGCAAGUUUGGGAAAUGGUAAGUGCUCACCAUUGCACAAUUUGAGUGUAUUUGAUUUGCUUAUAUGAGUUGAAAAUAUUAAAAAUUAAAUAUUUGAGUAGAAUUAAUGAAAGAAGUAAUUUGAGGGAUGCCCAGGAAGUACAGUCAGUUUGUGUUAAUACGAAUAGCUAGGGAAAUAGUAGUUAGUUUGUUUUGCCAAAAGUUCAUAUGAAUUAUAUUCAAGGUCAAACCAAGGUC